AAUUUGUCUAAAACCCAUUUUUCAAUUUUUGUGCACCAGGCUAGUAGUUAUGGCAGCAGGAAGGUGGAAUCUGGAAGGCUGCACUGCCCUUGUUACUGGUGGUUCUCGAGGCAUCGGGUAUGGAAUUGUAGAGGAACUAGCAAAUCUUGGUGCAUCAGUUUAUACAUGUUCACGUAAUCAAAAAGAGCUUAAUGAAUGUUUGAGUCAAUGGAGAAGUAAAGGUUUUAAAGUUGAAGCUUCUGUUUGUGAUUUAUCAUCAAGAUCUGAAAGAGAAGAGUUUAUCAAGACUGUUGCUAAUCAUUUUGAUGGAAAACUCAAUAUUUUGGUUAAUAAUGCUGGUAUUGUCAUAUACAAGGAAGCUAAAGAUUACACUAUGGAAGAUUAUUCUCUGAUUAUGAGCAUUAACUUUGAGGCUGCUUACCAUUUAUCUGUACUUGCACACCCCUUUUUGAAAGCAUCAGAAAGGGGAAAUGUUGUCUUUAUUUCCUCUAUUUCUGGGGCUGCAGCACUACCAUAUGAGGCUGUUUAUGGAGCAACAAAAGGAGCAAUGGAUCAACUCGCAAGAUGCUUGGCGUUUGAGUGGGCAAAGGACAACAUUCGUGUCAAUGGUGUUGCACCGGGGGUUAUUGCAUCUUCUAUGGUCGAAAUGACUAUUCAAGAUCCAGAACAAAAAGAAAACUUGGACAAGCUAAUUGAUAGAUGUGCUCUCCACAGAAUGGGAGAGCCUAAAGAACUUGCAGCAGUGGUUGCAUUCCUCUGUUUCCCUGCUGCUUCAUAUGUCACUGGCCAAAUUAUAUAUGUUGAUGGCGGAUUUAUGGCUAAUGGUGGCUUCUAAUCAUCUAUCUCCACCUUUGCAAGUUAGUCAAAUAAUUAUUCAGAGUAACCUUUUUUAUAGUGGUUGAAAUAGAGGAUUUAUAUCCCCUUAUCGAUCGGCGGGUUGCUUAAAUCCAUAUAGCUCUUGAAAUAAGGGAUUAAUAUGCCCUGAUCAAUAUCGACGGGUUAUUUAAGUUCAUAUAGCUCUGAAAGAAUUUUAAGUUUGACAAUUAGUCAGAAUCAAGAAUAAUUAGUAUAUGUGUUUUUUCGUUAUGAUCAUUAUUGUGUGAUUUAUGAUCCCUUUUAAGGGAAUUUCUCUUUUGAGACAUUUUAUAAGAAUUAGUAUAUGUGUUUUUUAGUUUUGAUCA